UCUCGAUAGGCAAAUUCAUAAGCCCCUAUCUAGAAGCUCGAGCCUGACUCACUGAUCUAGGCCAAGUCUACCCAGCCCCCAGUUGUCAGUGUUCCCGUCCAGCGCCCCUGUGGAAAGGGCAGCCUCAGGCAGCCGGGCAAAUUCGGACCCCCUCCGCCGACCUCGCCGCGAGCGGGUGCCGGAACCGCCGUCUUUAGCUGGACCGCAGCCACACAGGGAAGAGUUCAGCCCCAGAACCGACGGGACCCGGUCUCCAUCGGCGGCGGCCUUCAGAGGAGCUCGCUCUGGCAUCUUGGCUACUCUGUCCCCUGGUCACGAAGAUGUCGGCCUCCAACGUCAGCUUGCUGCACGAGACCUGCAGGCAGGUCGCGGCCGGAGGGUGUGCAGGUCUUGUAGAAAUUUGCCUGAUGCAUCCCCUCGAUGUGGUGAAAACCAGGUUCCAGGUUCAGAGAAGUGUAACAGACCCACAGAGUUAUAAAAGCUUAGGAGACAGCUUUCGGGUGAUCUUCCGAACAGAGGGGUUGUUUGGCUUUUACAAGGGAAUUAUCCCACCGAUUUUAGCUGAAACACCAAAAAGAGCCGUCAAGUUUUCCACCUUUGAGCUGUACAAGAAAUUUCUGGGAUAUAUGUCACUAUCACCAGGGCUGACAUUUCCCAUUGCUGGAUUAGGAUCUGGACUAACAGAAGCCGUCGUGGUUAACCCUUUUGAGGUGGUAAAAGUUGGUCUACAAGUCAAUCGGAACAUGUUCACAGAGCAACCAUCUACUUUUGCUUAUGCAAGACAAAUCAUUAAGAAGGAAGGCUGGGGGUUCCAGGGCCUCAACAAAGGACUUACAGCAACUCUGGGACGCCACGGAAUUUUCAACAUGACUUACUUUGGCUUCUACUACAACGUCAAAGAUAAUAUUCCAUCCAGUAAGGAUCCAACCUUGGAGUUUUUGAGAAAAUUUGGGAUUGGUUUUGUCUCCGGGACAGUGGGCUCAGUCUUUAACAUCCCCUUUGAUGUUGCGAAGAGUAGGAUCCAAGGACCUCAGCCAGUUCCUGGAGAGAUCAAGUACAGAGGCUGCUUCAAAACCAUGGCGAUGGUCUACAGGGAAGAAGGGAUUUUAGCCUUAUACAAAGGCCUGCUCCCCAAGGUGAUGCGACUUGGACCAGGUGGUGGGGUGAUGCUGCUGGUAUAUGAAUACACCUAUGCGUGGCUGCAGAAGAACUGGUGAAGGACUGAGAGACACUUUCCCCUUAACAACAGAGAUGUGGUCUGCAGCCCCACACAGAGAAGACAAGCUAGACAAUGCCAUUAAGACGGGAGACAGCCUGCUCAGGAGCAAAGCCUGUUCCGAUGUUUUAUAAAUUUUUAGACAAACUGACAUGGUAGUUUGGGCCGUAUACAUAACACUGUGAGAAGGAAAAUAACACGAAGCAGUGGGGUUUGUCAGUUAGGGAUCACUAGGGUAGAGAUCAGAUACAGUUCAUAAAAGCUAUACAAAGUGUCUGACCCCCAUGCUUCACCACGAAAACUCGUUUGAUAACUUUUCUGAGAAGUCUAUAAAUCCAUAAAUUUUUGAAAAUAAAUUGUUCUGCAGCUGAUUUCCUGAGAAUUAUUCAAAGGAAGACUUAGGUAUGAGUCAGAAUUUAAACAUGUUUUACAAGGAAUUACUUUUCCAUAAAUCAUAUUUUAAAAGAAAAGAAAGAAAAAAACUUAAAUACACCAAAAUAGCCAUUUAAGAAUGUUUAAUUUUGUGAGUGCUGAGUUAAAAUGUGAGUCUAUUGGUUUUCUUUAGUAAUUAAUGCAUCCUCAGGCUCCGUUUCCCUAAAUGUAUUUUAUAUUCCACAUGGUGACUUAAGUGGAUAUAUUAAAAUCAUGCUAUUUGAAGACUUUUGUUAAAAAUAGAAUACAUGAUAUUAUAUUAAACUGCUUUCUCUUACAUAGUUCAUUUUGAAAACAAGAUUUGUUACUGAUUUUUUUUGGGGGGGGGUGGGUUAGGUCACAAAUUGAACUUUUUUGAGCCCUUCUCUGUUGCCCAAAGUUGUCUCCAAACACCCAUCCUUAAAAAGGAUGUAGGAAAAUAAAACUAUCUCCAGAUUUUUGGGUUUAAGUCACAUUUUGAAGCAUAAAAUCAACGAUUUAGAAUAUUAAAAUGUCUACAUUAAGUGGCAAACAUUUCCAAAAUGAAAAUACAUUCUUUAGCACUUCUAAGCACUCAUGCACUAAUAUGCACUCUGGGAAAAAAAAGAAAGACAGCUUUUUGGUCUUGAUAUAAUAACCAAAGCUUAUUUUUAUGUCUGUACCGUGUAAUGAGACUUCUCCAGUCAAGAAAAAAAAAUUUCAACAUGUUUUAAGUGACACACCUGCUCUUGACUAGUCCUGUGGGGUAUUUCAACUAGGGGCAAGCUCACCAAAACAUUUUGAAAAUAAACAGUGAAGAUGGCAUGGUAAUUAUUUGUGUUUAUUAAUUUAGAGCAUCUGAAGUAUAAAAAUAAAAGGCUUUUGACAUACUCUA